GGAUCCCAACACACAAUGUUCUAGGAAUCCGUCACUGUCAAUGUUUGGUAAGGGGUUGGUAGUUUAUAUUAUUAGGUCUCUGUAAAUUUGUUUAGAUUAGUAGGUAAUCCAGGAGAUUAGGUUAGAAAAGUGAGUUUGCAGGUCGCUGACAAGACAUUUGAUGGAGACAUUCUGAAAAAUUAAUGGAGACCCAGACCCAGUUGUGGGGGAAGACCAAAGUUUGGAGUUAGUAGUGUGAUGAUAAUCCAACUCUUCACCAACCCCUAAUGGGGUCCACAGUUCAGGCAUAGUCCCACUGACUGUACUAUAAAACUAUGAUUGUACGCCUGCACUCUGUCAUCAGAUUACCUCGGCCUUUCUACAAAGAAGAACAGAGCUGAAGAAGAAGAAACAGAAACAUUAAUAGCAGGAGGUGUGAGAGCAUGGCGAGUACAGAUGUACAGAAGGGUACAGAAGUCGCCAAGGAGACGACUCAGCAGGUUAGCCGUCACCAGGAAGUGGGUCACAAGAGCCUUCUUCAGAGCGAUGCCCUCUAUCAGUAUAUAUUGGAAACUAGUGUGUAUCCCCGUGAGCCUGAGCCAAUGAGGGAACUCAGAGAAAUAACCGCCAAGCAUCCAUGGAAUCUGAUGACUACUUCGGCUGAUGAGGGUCAGUUUUUAAAUCUGUUGUUGAAGCUCAUCAAUGCCAAGAACACCAUGGAGAUUGGUGUAUAUACUGGUUACUCUCUUCUCAGCACUGCUCUGGCCUUGCCUGAUGAUGGAAAGAUCUUAGCAAUGGACAUAAACAGGGAGAACUAUGAGUUGGGGUUGCCUGUAAUUCAAAAGGCAGGGGUUGCCCACAAAAUUGAUUUCAGAGAGGGCCCUGCCCUGCCAGUUCUUGAUCAAAUGCUGGAAGAUAAGGAAAUGCAUGGCUCCUUCGAUUUCAUAUUUGUGGACGCAGACAAAGACAAUUAUCUGAAUUACCACAAGCGGCUGAUUGAUCUGGUGAAGAUUGGGGGCGUGAUCGGCUAUGACAAUACUCUGUGGAAUGGAUCAGUGGUGGCUCCACCCGAUGCCCCAUUAAGGAAAUAUGUGAGAUAUUACAGGGACUUUGUAAUUGAACUGAACAAGGCCCUGGCUGCAGACCCUCGUAUUGAAAUCAGUCAAAUUCCAGUAGGAGAUGGUAUCACUCUCUGCAGAAGAGUUAUUUAAAGGAAUUCAAAGGUUUGAGGGUUUGACCUGCUAUACACUGUUUUAUCGUUAAUAAAGCCGAGAUUCAAAGCUUGAAAAAAGAUAUGUUCUUCCUAUUUCCAAAAGUAGCCCCAAAAGUAUUUUUCCCAUAAGCUGUUCCUUGUAUCUUGCAUAAGGCAAGGCAAUGGACUGAUUUAAGAACAGUCCAGACAAAAAUGUAAUGUUUAAAACCUUGUUUGAACAUAUGUGAGGGAUUUCUCCCUGUUUCAGACCAAUUAUUGUGGAUUUCAAAACCAUGAUUUGAAAAUCAGAGAGAGGAUAAAUUUAUGCAAUGAAUUUGAAGUGUUACAUGCUCUA